AUGCAACGUUUUACUAAUAUCGAAUCAACAUCAAAACGAGUACCUCCUGUUUAUGGUUAUUUAGCUCAUGAACUGUUACCUUUACUGAAAGCGAUAGAGCCUCUUAUUCCAAAAGUUCAUCAGUUAGACCGUUUUGCUAAAAUAGCUAAGAGCGCAUGCCAUUUCCCAUCCGAACAUGGAUUGACACGAGAUGAGUCAGCUGCUGUUUUUCUUUAUACAAUGGACUGGGGACAAAACAGUUUCUACCACAUACUCAACCACUCACUUCGUGCGGAGGACCGAUCGACACUAAAACCAUGGUUUGGUUAUUUGAAACUGUUUGACUCAGCUACACAAAAGCUGCCAACCGUUCGCCAAAAUCUGUGGCGUGGUGUUCCGCAAGAUGUAACAAAGAGUUUUCAGCAGAAUGAUGAAUUUACUUGGUGGACUAUUAGCUCAUGUUCAACUUCCAUCAAAGUUCUGAAAGACUUUCUUGGGCCAGACUCCACACUUUUCUUGAUCGAAGCAGUGAACGGCAAAGAUAUAUCUCAUUACACCAAUUAUCCAAGCGAACAUGAAGUUAUUCUAUGUCCCGGCACACGACUUCGCGUUCUAUCUGAUCCAUUAGAUCAAGCGUCCAUGCAUCUAGUUCAUCUUCAAGAAAUAACCGAUAAUGACAACCAUCACGGACAGCUAUCGAACUCCCUCCAUGCAAUGUCAAUUCCCGACUCAAACAUGAUUCAUCAGUUUAGUCAGCCUCCACCAGCGCUAACUGACACCUACAAUGACAUGCCUGAAAACACAAACGAAGGAGAAAUGAAAGAUGGCAAAAAACAUGCUACAGGAAAAAUGAAUUUUGCAACCGAUGACUGGGUCCGAAACAAACGAACAGGUCACAGUGUUCGUAUCUUCGCUAAUGGUGACCGUUACGAGGGACAAUGGAAAGACGAGAAGAAACAUGGGAAGGGCACGUUCACAUGGGCCCCGGAAUCGAACGGAAAGUUCCACACAUACAUUGGUGGAUGGGCCGAAGACAAAAGAACGGGUCACGGUGUUCAACUCUUCGCUGAUGGUAGGCGUUACCAGAGACUCUGUUCACAAAUCACUAGCGUGUUCACUGUGAAUAACUGA